AUGAAAGCUAUUUCGAAGGCCCGAACGUCCACUCCCAAAACUCCCAGGAGGGCCUCAAAAGUUUCGACCAAACGAAACGCAAACAAGAGCCUUGUGACGGCGGAAAAACAAGAAACGAAUGUUACAAUUGAUUUUGAAGUCCCUAUACUGAACGAGAGUGUUUUUAACAGUACAAACAAUUCUCUAGAUUUGAAUAAAAGAGACGGCCAGAGUGCCAAUAUGUUGAUUACGCGCAGUAAUGAUGAAAACUUGCAUGGGACAACAAAUUCCCUGAUGCGUUCAACCGUUGCUUUCGAAACAAACGACAAAGAUGAAAUAUUAUGCAGCAUAUGCCAGCAGAGGCUCGAUGACAUUAUUUUUUACGACAAGAGGCCAUUGGAUGGUAAAUCGGAGGCAAUGAGCAUUGUGGAUAAUCGUCUGGUACUGUUUGACGGCGAGGAAAAUAAUGAGUACUCUCAAGAGGACACGAGAGCGUACAACAAAAUUACGUGUUUCAGUGUCUACUGUAAAAACGGUCAUUUGUGUUCGUUUGAUUCUGGAUUAAUCGAUAAGGACAAAGAAAUAUAUUUUUCUGGAUACGUUAAACCAAUUUACAGCGAAGACCCUGUAAUAACCGAUGGCGUUGCUAUUCCGGGGAAAAAUUUCGGGCCUAUUGUCGAGUGGUGGACUACUGGGUUUGAUGUUGGAGAAAAACCGACGGUUGGUUUUUGCACCGAAUUGGGAGAUUACUUACUGAUGGAACCUUCGCCAGAGUAUGCUUCUUUUAUGGAAACUGCCACGCUCAAAAUAUUCGUCAGCAAAACAGUCAUUGAAUUCGUAUUACACGAGCCCGAUGCUUCGUACGAAGAUUUAUUGCGCAAACUUCAAGUAAGUCCUUUGUUUACAGAAGACGAUUUGAUGCGCCUUGCGCCGUUCAUAUGUAUGCAGUUAAUGUCUUUUGACGAAUUGUCGAAUCCUGCAGAACAACUGCUUGUCGUGUCACCUUGUAUACGCCGGAUGAUGGAUCUUGCCGGCAUUGAUUUCAGAUAUAAUUAUUUAGAGAAAUCCCAAUCAACGAGAAUUGGGAGAGAAACCAGAGUAAAUAAAAGGAAGAAGCGGUUGUACAAUUCUGAUGAAAUCAAUUCUAAUCUUAGUCUAGUCUUGGAUCAUCGUAAUCUCAUUGAAGUCAUUUUCCACUGCAAUCAAACAAAAAUUCCACAAGUAGCGAGUAAAAAUACACUCAAGUGCGAGUGUUGCGUCAAUUGCCGAAGGCCUGGAUGCGGUGAGUGCCUCGGUUGUACGCUUAAAAAAAAUUGCUGGCGAAAACGCUGUGCUUGGAGUGAAAUACAAGACGCAAAUAUAGAAGACGAAUGGCUAAGCAAAUUCAUUCCCACAAAAGAUAUACCCUUCAGUACUAUAGCAUACAACAACAAAAUAACGGGCAUCAAAGAAUAUAAAAAAGACGUGGCGUUGCUAGGUCCACCUAUUGCAUUUGAUAAUGGCGAUUCUUACUAUGAAUCUGCAAAAGUGUCCGGUUUCCACAUUAAAUCUGGUGAUUUUGUUUGUUUGCGCUCAAGUUUAACUUCAGUACCGCCUCAAAUAAUGAAAGUUCAUUACAUAUAUGAAAAUAAUUCCGGAGAAGCGAUGUGCCACGCAAACUUCUACUGGUGGGGUAAAGAUACUGUCUUGGGAGAGUUUUCAAAUCCCAAGGAAGUGUUUAAUAUAGCAUUGUGCAGUAACAUUCCCCUUGCCAGUAUUUCAAAAAAAGUAAAGGUCGUGGAGCGAAAAAAGCCUGUAUUUUGGGACCAAUCAAUCACUGCCCGCGAAUUUAAUGAGGAUAUUUAUUUUUGUGAGAAAUCGUUUGAACCGUUGACAGGAAAGUUCUACGAUUUGCCAGUCGAGGACGAAACACUGAGAGAAAAGUCACAGACACCGUACAAGUUUUGUAAAAUUCAAGUAGACGUAGAUCACGCUGAUGCACAAAAGAAACCUCGUGUCCUAACUAAGUUGGAUGAAAAAGACAAUAAAAUAAUGUACGAAAAAGUGUAUUACAAAAAUGAAGAGUAUUUCGUGGGAAGUACGGUGUACAUCAAACCCAGAAAAUUAUAUUUUAAAUUUCCGAUGUCUAAUAAUAAUGCAUACGUCGGUAGUGUAAAGAAUGAAACGAUUGAUGACAAGAAGUAUACAGAGUCGUACAGAAUAAAAAAGAUUCCAGUGAAGGAGUUGCAACAUGAAAUUCUACCAAUUUUGGAUAUAGGGUUUAUUACCGAACUGUUUUCUAUGGAUGAUAAAAUAUUUAUGAGAGUUAAAAAGUUUUAUAGACCAGAAAACACUCAUGACGGUAAAAAUUUAAUCAAAAAGAGUAAUUUGAAUCAACUUUUUUGGAGUGAAGAAGAGACCGAGAUGGAGUUCACACAUGUUAUUGGCAAAUGUUACGUAGUCCACAAAAAUUCUAUUAAAACUAGUGUCGACCAAUGGACAGCUGGAGGUCCUGAUCGCUUUUAUUUUUCAAAAGAAUACCAGGACGAAACAUUUGUCGACGUUAAUAAGGAAAGAUACAAGGGGUCAAUUGUGAUUCGUGACAUUCCUAAAGAGCAUCCCGUCACAAGAAAACUGAAAACGCUGAACAUAUUUGCUGGGUGUGGAGGCCUUGCAAUGGGAUUUCAAAGAUCUGGUUUGGCAAGCAUUAAAUGGGCUAUUGAACCUGAUAAAGCUGCACUCUCUGUGUUUCAAUUAAAUAUGACAAAGACUGAAGUCUUCAAUACAAAUGUCAAGUCGUUUUUGGAGGCAGUGAAAAAUGUUGAAGAAGAGCUUGACAAGCCAAAGAUUCCAACGGAAGAAGUGGAAUUUUUAUGCGCGACUAUUCCGGGCAAAAAUUACAAGUCAUUAGAAAACUUUAAAAAUUCAGACGUCGCAACAUUCAUAGAGUAUUGCGAAUAUUACCGACCAGUCUUAUUUGCCAUGGACGCGGACGAGAAUCUUGUGAAACAUAAUGACUUUUUAAAGUUAACUUUAAGUUGUUUUGUAACGAUUGGUUACCAAGUGACUUUUAAUGUUAUGCAAGUUGGGAAUUUCGGAGUUCCUCAAAAUCGAAAAAGAUCAGUGAUCUUAGGAGCUGCACCAGGGUACAAGUUACCAAGCUAUCCGAAAAACUUGCACGUUUUUCCCAAGUCAAUGUGUCAAUUUCAUGUCAUUGUUGAUGACAAAAAGUAUUGUCCCAUUGACGAAUGGAAUAAUUCCGCGCCAUUCCGCUCUGUUAAUGUGCACGAUGCCAUAUCAGACUUGCCACUCAUAGCUUAUGGACAGUAUAAAAACGAUUUAGGUUAUUACGGCAAACUUUUAACUCACUAUCAAAAAUUGAUGCGGCUUGGUGUGUCAGAAAACGAUAUGUUUGAUCACGAGUGCAAAAAAUUCAGUGCUUUAGUACAUGUCAGAUUUUUACUGUUGCCCCUAUCACCUGGAUCUGACUGGCGAAAUUUGCCCAACUCCGACAUGAAGCUAAUCGAUGGAUCUCAUACGAAAAAACUUAUUUACACGCACGACGAUACAGACGCCGGUAAGAACUCUGCCGGCGACAUGAGAGGUGUGUGUAGUUGCGCAAACGGAAGUGUCUGUGAUUUAAACUACAGACAAGAGGACACCAUAAUACCGUGGCAUCUUGUGCACUCUGCCAAGCGGCAUAAUCAAUGGGCCGGUCUAUACAGUAGAUUGCAAUGGGACGGUUACUUCGGAAACAUCACAAACCCUGAACCUUUGGGCACGGAGGGCCCGGUGAUACAUCCCCAGCAACCUCGAGUUGUAAGCGUACGCGAGUGCGCUCGAUCUCAAGGUUUCCCGGAUGAUUUCAAGCUAGGAGAUGCCGUGAGUACGCACGAUAAGUACCGGCUUAUCGGCCAGUCGACUUCGCCCCUGCUUUCCUUGUGUCUUGGAAGUGAAAUUAAGAAAAGCCUUUUGUGAGACUUCUCACCCAACGUAUCGAAAAGUACUUAAUCUCGUUUAUACAGUUUUAUUAUAUAUCAACAAAAUGUAAAUAACGUACAUUAAUUACUUUAAGUUGAAGAAACAUCUUACACAUAAAAUGUGUAGUCUUGGAUUACGACACACUAAGAUUGUAUGCGUCAAAACUCAAUCACGAAUCCAAAGAACAUAAUAUUAGUAGAUUGAACGCUGCAGCGUUGUUUAUUUUUUUUUUUUUUUUACAAGUUUUGACCAUUUUUAUUCGUUUUUCUCGUACA